UUCCCUGACUGGGGGCUGUCAGCUGUCAGUCACGCGCCUGCUGGCCCUUCCUGGUGCUGCUGGGGCUGAGAGGGCGGGAGCUGCAAGGCUCAGGCUCCAGACCUGUCUCUUGGAAGAUGGAUGCCUGGCCGUCCAGGGAGUGACUUGGAGGCUCUGGAGGAAGAGGAGGUGGACUUCCCAAUGAAGACAGAAACCCUGGUCACCCCUGAGCACUAUUUUCCUAUGCCAUGAAUAACACCACCAUGCCCACUUCUGCUGGGCCAGCCAAUGACUCCUUGGUGGAGUAUGUUUUGGUGCCAUUUUUCCUUAUCACCAUUGUUGGUGUCAUCACGGCUGUGAUGAUGUACAUCCAGAAGAAGAGGAGGUACGACCGGUUGCGUCAUCACUUGCUGCCAAUGUACAGCUAUGAUCCUGCAGAAGAGCUGCAUGAAGCUGAACAGGAGCUCCUAGUAGAGCCAGAGGACACAAAGGUGAUGAGAGCCUGGGGAGGAUACCAGCCCUACCGUGGUUCAUUUAUGGAUGUGAAAGCUUGAUGAUGUGUAGCUCAGACUGACAAUGGGUGUAGAAGGAUGACUGCGUCUGCCUGGCAUGUGUACCAAUUUGAAGCACCCCCAAACCUCAAUUCACAUUGAACCUGCUGCCUUUCUUUCCACUUCAGUACUGAUUUCUUCCCCCCAUCCCGGCUCCCAACAAGAGGCCUUACUGCUAACAGGUUCUCUUGAGUAUCUUGUGCAGAGUUGAAAGUUUGUACAUCUGGAUGUAUGUGGCUUAAUGACAUUCCUCUUACUCCUUUGUCUUUUGGUUUGUAAUUGAUAUGGAUGUUGGGGAGAUGCUGGAGCCUCUGAAACUUCAGUUGAAAAUAGCUCUUUUUUCCUGCGAGCCACCAUCCUACAAAUGGCUCAGCUUUCUAAAAAUCCCAGUUGAUCUUUUUUUAUAUAUAAGCAGAAUCAAAGCUGCAGCUGCUAUGACAUUCCAGUGCAUUUGCUAGCUGCCUUUUGCCCUGACUUACCUAUGCAUAUAAAUGGGUCUGUCAUUUAGCUAUUGGGUUCCUGUGAUGAUGGAUGCAGAGAAAGUGAAUAAAAUGUGUAGUAAGAAAGUUGGAUAUGUGCGGUUGUAAUGUAGCAUCUUUUACUUUGAAAUAUAUGUAAUGAAUACAUGCUGAUCUUUGUGGGUAUUUGAUUUGCUGUGUGCAGGGAGGAUGCACUUUUUCUGGUAAGGUCAUGCAGGCACAUCCGACCAAAGGAGCCUUAAUGUAUUGUUGAAGAAUUGUUUCUUCAAUGAAAUUUUGAGUUCAUCAGUGUGGUUCUUUCAAUGAUGGGGAUUCUGUAUUGGGAGCUCAUGUGUUUUAUAAAUAAAUUCCAUCCUGAACAGGAA